AGAGUUCACUUUCCAUAUUUUCAGAACAUUGGUGCUAUUUUCAGUGCUUUUUAUACCAGCUUACAUCAAUAGAAAAACACUGUUAUUUGGAUAUAUAACAAGAAUAUUAAACCUGAAGAUAUACCUUCUUAGUUUUAUUGUGUCUGUCCGCAAUGAAUUUUAAUGUUUUGUUAUGUGUUGUUUUAGCAUUUGUGUGUUGCUGUAAUGGAGUGCGAGUGACACUAUUAAAUGGUGCUGCAAGCCCUCUUCCUAUUGAAGUAACUUUGGGAAAUCCUAUCACGUUAGCUUGUUCUUAUCAACCUGAAAAUGGGAAUGCCCAAGACGCAAGGUUAGAAUGGCUGUACAGCACUAAUAUGGAUGGAACAAGUACCAGUGGUCAGAACAUUGUUCUUGAUGGUAUUAUUCAACCUAACUUUAAUAAUGGAAGGUUUUCCAUUGUAAAUCCAUCCAGCUUGCAGAUCAGUGAAUCUAUUAAAACUGAUACAGGUUCAUAUACUUGCCUUGUCACGCUACCCAAUGAUACACCAAGCAAGGGAAGUGGUACAUACCAUCUCACUGUCAAUGUUCCCCCAUCGCCACCACAGUGCCAAUACACUUCCGACCAUGCACUUACUAUUGGCUUCGCAGCAGAGUUUCGAUGUUUAUCAGUUGAAGGUAUUCCUACCCCAACAUACACCUGGUUUAAAAAUGGGAGACAACUUCCGUUAAGUGCACAAGAUGAUGUUACCUAUAAAAACGCAAGUUUCAGCUAUAGUGCGACCACAGGAGUACUCAAGUUCUCUAAAGUAACCACUGGUGAUGCAGGAACCUAUUAUUGUUCAUCAUCAAAUAAAAUCGCGACCGAGUCUUGCUUACCUACUGUUAUCACAACUAAAAACCAGGAUGUUGGGAUGAUAGUCGGAAUUGUGUUUGGAGUUUUAUUUGGACUUAUUCUUAUUGGUGUUUUAGUUUGGUGGACAUGGAGGAAAGGAUAUUGUGAUGGUUUGUCAAAGGAAGACGACCCAGAUGAGAUUGAGGACGAUGGUUCAAACGACAUCAUGCUUGACACCAAUGGACCAACUGUACAUAAACCACCCAGUGAAGUUAGCUCAACCAGAAAACAAGAAGCGUCGAUGAUCAUUUGAAAUAUCCAAUCAGCGACCGAGGAGAUGUCACGUGACGCAGUCCCUCCAAAACUCCAACUUUGUUUUUUUUAUGAUUUUUAUAGACACGUCAUGCGCCAGGGACGUCUACUAACACAUAAAAUAAUCCGUCUAACGUUUCGACGGCGCAUUUUGAACGUAUUUCUACCAAGGGUGUUUUGACCUGAAUUAACAAGAUUAAUUAACACUGCUUUAAUCUCUUGCUGACUUGUGGCGUAAUUAGCGGGUUAAUUAUUCGCAAAAUUCAAACGACCGUGGUCGUAUCUUCUCUAAUUUUGUAUUUGUAGUUGCUUUUGUUUUUUUUCCUCAUUUCCAAGAUUUUUACUUUUUACUCAAACAAAUGCGGUACAAACGUGUAAAACGUUAAAGUCUUUCCUAAGCAUGGUAGUGGUUUCGCGCGCCACCGAAUGGUAGGAGUUCUUUCCUACCACAGGUUUCAAUUAAGUUUGCGGUGCUGUUCGUGUUGAAUGAAUUAUUAAACUUAAAACCUGAUCGAACGAAAUACUUUUUUGGAUCUCUAUACUCGGGGCUGGAUUUCAAAGACCAAACUUAUAAAAUAUAAGUUAAUUUGAAUAAAAAAACAAACAAAUUAUUUCAAUGCUAUAAUGGGUUUAAACUUUAAAGUGUCUCGCAACUCCCGAAACGCCAUACUGGCAGAUAAUUCUUAUCUUAGGAAGAAGGCCCCAUAUGAAAUCCAGCCCUGGUUGAUGGCAUCACUAUAAAUGUGUUUAAAUGCAUUGGAAUGCUGCAUGCGGAACAUAAUGUAAAGCAUUCCACUAUAUACCACCGCCUUCGUAUGAUAAGCCAAUAAUACCCACUAUGCAGUUCUUUAUCUAAAACCCAUGAUAAGGCGACUCAUUCUUCCAUGGUGUUUUGCUAGCGUUGACAUACCACGCUAACAAUACGUUUAUUGACCAAUUCGAAGCGAGGCUUUAUUGCCCGAGUCCCGAAACGUUGUAUUGUAUCCAUUGUUUAAUUGAACUGACGAAUGUAUUGAUUCCGCUUUAUUGAAGUUAAAAUAUCGAUCAGUAUCAAGUAUUUAGUUUUUCGAUUGCUUAUUCAAACCACGCUUUUUAUUGUACAACCAAUGCUUUAUUUUCAAUAUGUAUUAACUGUACAGUAGGGUGGGGUAAGAUGGGCCAUGUUUUCAAUCUCUUUUAGCGUCCCAUUCGUUAGCAAAUACAAAAAAAAUAUUUAAACAAAUAUACAACCAUAUCUUUGCGACUCUAAAAGAGCGUUGUUAAUUGUUCAAAACACGACAAGAAAUGCGGAAUAUCUUUAGCUAACAGAUCCAUCUUACCCCACAGUACUGUAUAAAUAUAACUUACACUAAACCACAUUUCACAGCCGUAUCCCGAUGGCGCAGUGCGGGUUAUGCCAUAGCUGGAAAAUUCUGCGUCUGAUCAACUCAAAACGGCAUAUUUUUCUUAAUUAUAUCGACUAUUGCACUGCAAAUGUUAUGUCCUGUGUAAAUUUGGUGCUGUUUUUAUCAAUUUUGAUUUAACUAGUUAAAUUUAAUUUUCAUUAAUUUUUUUUUAUAUUUUUUGGUCAAUUUUUUUCUUUUGCUGUAUAAGAGAGCUAGCUUGUUUAGUGAGCUUACGAAUUCAUAUAUUUACUUAGUAGUUAAGAGUAUGAUCAUGUUUUUAAUAAUUAUGUUUAGUACCUGUAGCAUGUGUUUCUUAUCCACUGGUCGCAAUCAAGUGAAAACCCAUUUAAAAAAACUUGAAAAUAAUUCAUAUAUGUAUAUACUGUUUGCAUGUGUUAAUUCGUAGACUCCCGCAAAGUACCUUGGAGUUACAUAGUACACCCAGUAAUCUUGUAAAUAUGUUUUAUACUUUCUGUUUAUCUCGAGGCGCAUUGGUACUUGUAGCAAGUAGCGAUAUCAUGAGUUGGUUGAGACUGGCAUUAACCACCAACUGAUAUUUGUGUUUUUCUUUCAUGAUGUAAAUACAAUGUAUUCUAAAACGUA